CUGAUAAACUCUUCAGCUUAUAAGCUUAUUCCAUCCUCAACACCAAAAUGAGCUUUACAACCGCCGCCGCCGCCGCAAAGCAAGAUCACAUCCUCAUCUUCCCUUUCUUAUCCAAAGGCCACUCGAUCCCCCUCCUUCACCUCGCCGCCACCCUUUCCUCCCGUAACAUCCUCGUCACCCUCAUCACAACCCCGGCCAACGCUCCCUUCUUCCGCCACCAUCUCUCAUCCUCCCCCGCCACCUCAGAAAAAAUUCGUCUCCUCCUCCUCCCCUUCCCCACCCACCCCGAACUCCCCGCCGGCAUCGAAUCCACCGAAUCCCUCCCCUCCUUCUCCCUCUUUCCCACUUUCCUUGCCGCCACUACCUCCCUCCAAGCUCCCUUCCUCAUCCUCCUCCGCAUCCUCCUCCGCUCCCCAUCCCCUCCGCUCUGCCUCAUCUCCGAUUUCUUCCUCGGCUGGACUCUCCCCAUCUGCCGCCGCUUCGGCCUCCCUCGCCUCGUCUUCCACGGCAUGUCCGCCUUCUCGAUGUCCCUCUGCAAAUCACUCUGGCUCAAUAUUCCCAAACACGACCCUUUUUCAGUCCCCGGAGCCCCGCCGGAGCUCCAGCUUACCAAAACCGAUGUGCCGGAAAGUGUUCUCAACUCAGUCUACCCGCUUAACCCAGAAACUCAGUUUCUAAACUUAAUCGGAGAAACAGACAUAGGGAGUUGGGGCGUCAUCGUAAACAGUUUCGCCGAGCUUGAAUCGCCGGCAUACGUUCAACUCCUCGAGUCAUUCUACAAACCGGUGGCGGGAGGACGUGUGUGGCUCCUCGGCCCGCUAAACCUUCUGUCCGGCGGUGAACCGGCAAUCAACAAACCAACCUCCGACUCGGAUUGCGUUCGGUGGCUCGACCGGCAGGCCGAGGUUUCCGAUGAGCAGCUGGAUGAGGUGGCGCACGGUCUGGUUUCCGCCGGGGUUCGCUUCCUAUGGGCGGUGCGGUCGGAGAGGUGGGUGCCACCCGAGGGUUUGGGGGAUUUGGGGAGAAUAGAGAGAGGAUGGUUGCCGCAAGAGGAGAUUUUGGGCCACGUGGCGGUGGGUGGUUUCGUGAGCCACUGCGGGUGGAACUCGGUGCUUGAAGCGGUGUCGGCCGGCGUGGCGGUGCUGGGGUGGCCAAUGAUCGCGGAGCAGGGCAUGAACGCGAAGAUGGUUGCGGAGGAGAUUGGUAUGGGGCUAAGGAUUAGGAAGCCGGCGGGGGAGAUGGUGGUGGGGCGGAGGGAGGUGGAGGGAGCGGUGAGAGAGCUGAUGGGAGGGGAGAAGGGAAGGAGAGCGAGGGAGAAGGUGGCUGGGCUGAAGGGGAAAGCUAUGGCGGCGGUGGCGAAGGGGGGUUCAUCUUAUGUGAUGCUGGAGAAGCUUUUGGAUGAGCUUAGAAGGGUUCCGACGGCGACGGAUGCGGGGGAUGUGCAGGUUGAGGAUGGAGGACUGGUGGAAGAUCAGGGAAUGCAGCUGGUGCAGCAGUUUGCGUAGAACAUCUCUGCCUUUCGUUAAGCUCAAUGACAUAAACCCAAGAAAAAAAAAAAAUAGGAAUACCGUGCAGUGUUGUAAGCUGUGGUGGUGCAGUGGUUGACAGUUCCUAAGAAUCAUAUAUUUUUAUAGAAAUUGGAACUCGAUCCGAUUGAGACUCUAUCUUAUUUAUUUAAAUUAAUAAAAAAAUUUAAUAAACUAAAUAUGAUUGAAAGGUUAUCAAUGGAAU